GUGAGCCGCAGUUCCCGCUCGAUACUUACCGCUGCUGUCGCCGCUGCGUGCCGCUCUUUAUCUGGUUGCGAGGCGAUGCUGUGUCCGUGGCAACGUCUGCUGCCACUGGUGCUGGCUGUCUGGGCCUCAGUGUCGAGCGGAGAUCUGUUGGUGCGCAAGUGCUGCGGCCAGCAUCAGUUCAUGGACGACAAACACGUGUGUCGUGACGCAAACGCCAGCCAGGACAACAGCGACGACCCCUGGUGGUGGCUGCCCAAGAGCUCCGUCAGUCUCAACAACACCUUCGUUGAGCCGGAGAACGUGACGCGGGUUCUGUCUGGCGUGAGAGCCGAGUACAACGCGACAGCCACCUGUGACCAGGAGUCGCAGCUUGAGCUGGUGAACUUGCCCGGAGAAGACAUGGACGAGUUUCACCUGCAUAUAGGGUCUCAACAGGUGGAGCUGCAGGUGCUGGUCCUGGACACGGCCCCAGAGGGCGCGCUGGUGCCGGCGACCUCCUUCUGCGUGGACGGCGUGCGCGUGGGCGGCAGGGUCCUGCACGUCGCCUUCGCCUGUGUCUGCGCGGGGGCGGCUCCCUGCGUGCGCAAGUGCUGCAAGGACUACCAGGCCUACGACCCCGAUGGCGACGGCCGCUGCGUCCAAGUCUCGGACGAGGAGUGGGACAGGGACCCGGAUAUCGGCUUCUGGCGGCCCACGCUGCAGGACCGUACAGCCAUCCCGAAGCACUUUGUGGUACGCGCCCGUAAGCCGCGCUGCAGCCUGAGGACCUACAGCACACAGGGCAACGCGUCCGGCUUCGUCUUGCGCGACGACGGCCACCUGCUGGUGCCGACCGGGGCGUGGCUGGCGCCGGAGGAGUUCUGCGCGGAGCGCGUGCUGUUCAGGGACUCCUGGCUGGUGGUGUUCGCGUGCCUGCAGCCCGCGGCUGCGUCGUCGGCGCUGCACGUGGUGGAGGGCGUGCUGCUCGCGCUGGCGUUCGUCAUACAGUUCACGUUCCUGGCAGCCUUCUUCUGGCUGAACGUCAUGUGUAUCGACAUUUCCUGGACCUUCACCGGGAUGCGCACGACGCGCUGCCCGGCGCUGGAGCGCGACCGCCGCCGCUUCCUGUGGUACUCGGCCUACGCCUGGGGCUGCACUGCUGCCAUCUGCGCGGCCGCCGUUGGCGCCGAGUUCUCACCCGCCGUGCCCGAAGACUCGCCCUUCAAGCCCAACAUCAAUAAGGGCACCUGCUGGUUCAAAGGGAAGCCGGCGACGCUGGUGUACUUCUACGGGCCGAUGGCGCUGCUGCUGGUGUCCAACCUGUGCCUGUUCGCGUACACGGCGGGCCGCAUCUGCGUGGCGCGGCGCGGCUCCGGCAUCCUGCGAAAGUCGGGCAGCCAGCGACACCACGGGGGCGGCAAGAGGCGCCAGCAGCAGGAGCAGCUGGCCCUGUACGGCAAACUGUUCGGCCUAAUGGGCGUAACGUGGCUGAUGGAGAUCGUGUCGUGGGCAGUGGGCGGGCCUGCCUACGUGUGGAUCGUGACUGACCUGGUGAACGUGAUGCGGCCGGCGUUCAUCUUCUACAUCUUCUGCUGCAACCGCAAAGUCGUGAGGCAGCUGCGCACCAAGCUACCCGGCAGCUGGCCCUGCGCACUUGCGCCCUCCCAAGGUGGCGACAGCGUCCGCUCCGGGGGCGGCAGCAGCAGCGGCGCCCACUCCAGACCCACCGGCACCGCCUCCACCUCCGCCAACGCCCUCGAGAUGGCCAGCCUCCGCUCCUGA